AUGCCACAAAGCAACGGAGGCGUCGCGGCUCUGAAGCCCGUGGGGUCACAAGAUGGCCUCGUGUGCCCGGCAUUGCAUUUGUAUCCCUUGAACGAUACCUUUGUCCCAAAACAGAUCAACCUGGCACCUCCUAGUUCUCGAAAUCGCAUUAAGAUCGGGCGCUACUCUAACAACAAGUCUGUGCCAAGCCCGGUGAACGGAUUUUUCGACAGCAAAGUGCUCUCGCGCGCCCAUGCAGAAGUGUGGUGCGAAAAUGACAGGGUGUAUAUCAAGGACGUCAAGUCUUCCAAUGGCACCUUUAUCAAUGGCACGCGUUUGUCGCCCGAGUCACAGGAAUCCGAGCCAGCUGAGCUUCACAGCGAUGACGUCGUCGAUUUCGGUAUCGACAUUCUGACUGACGAUAACAAGGAAAUCCUGCACCGACGCGUCGCCUGCCGCGUGUUCCUUGUAAUUUCACCCGAGGAUGCUCUUAAACUGCGCAACGACUUCACCAGCUUGUAUCGCGGUGGCGUGCAUGGAGGUACUUUGAGCAAUGCGGGUCUGUGCCCUGGCGCCGAGGGGGGCUUCCGUCGUGGCAAGACGGGCGUCAACCUGGACCACGUAUUGUAUCGACUGCAGAAUGAGCUGCAGAAAAGCAAGCUGGUAGGCACGGAGCUCAAGGCCCUGGGUACGACCAUUCAGAACAUCAACGAGACGUUGGGCGGCGGCGCUGUGCAGCCCCAAGACGCACCAUUCCCCCAGCUGGUUCCCGCCAAAGGGACUACCGAAGAGAAAGAACGAGCCAACGCCUCCAGCAUGGAUGCCUCGGCAUUUGCCAGCUUCGAAUCCCAAUUGGCAAGCACUCACGACAUGCUGGCCGCCCAUGUUGACAAGAUCAAGAGCCUUGAGUCGACUCUCGCUGCUUAUGAACAUAUCAAGGAAGAAGUGGCAUCCCUCAAGUUGGAGCUGGAGCAGACCAAGCGCACUGUGGGCACGAGUGACCCACAGCAUGACACUAAGGCGUGGGCUGCACUCGGCCUAUCUGACCAGGUGCGGGUGAUGCCAGAUGGCUUUGACGAUGAGGCGAGUGUCACAAGCACGGACACUGAGGUACCAGUGUUAGAAACGCCUGUGCCCGACCCUAGUCAUGCGGCCCAUGUGCCCUUGCCGCGUGCUGAAACAUUGGAGCCCACCGUUGACCAUGAGAAUCUUCUUAUGCGUAUCGAGGCGCUGGAACAAUCCCACCAUGCUCAAUCUCAAGCGUCCAUGAGCCAGGCGUCGUCAUCAGAUACGGCAGAUCUUUUAGCCCGCCUGGAGCGCCUCGAGAAGGCCGUGCAGACGCAGCCGCCCGUGGACGCACCACUGUCGCCGGAGAUGAUCAAUCCGUCGUUGGCCGAGUGGCGUGCUACCUUCGAGCAGCGCUGGAAAGAACAGUCACAGGGCUGGGAGGCGGCGCAACAAAAGAUUAACGAUGCCAUUGUGUAUUGGAGCAACCCUGCCACACCGCGCAUGGUUUCGUAUGCCUGCCCAACUGUCGACGCGAAAGGGUCAGCGCGGGAAAAGCCGAAGCGGCACUGGAUCUAUAAGAUUGUGGAUCCAGCCUACCAAGCACUUGGUGUGACUUUGAUCAUGGUUGGCAUGGCCGUGCCGACUGUGCUGGCCUACUCGGCGCUGAAACACCUGCUCCAUGCUCUGGGCCACUAA